GGAAACGUGAAGCGUAGUGGCACGCUAUAUACAGUAGCACGUUAGUUCCAUCAUUGUCACUGAUAUAACCAAAUCCUCCGGCACUUUGAGAUUCAGUGAAAAGAAAACCCUAAUAAUCCUUCUUCCGCCGCCGGCUAGUUUUCAUGGCGGAACAAUCUUCGGAAAUCCCCGAAACUCUGUCGUCGAAAAUGGAGGCUGUUUCCAUCGCAUCAACUCAGGCAUCUUCUUCUUCUGCUGGAUUACAGAUAAGCGAAGAUGUGGAGAAGAGAUACCAGAUUGUUAGGAGCAUCGGUGAGGAAUGCAUUCAGGAGGAAGAGCUUAAGAAUCUUCUUGCUAAGAAAGCUGCUCCGAUUUGCUACGACGGGUUUGAACCAUCUGGAAGGAUGCACAUUGCUCAGGGAGUGAUGAAGGUCAUCAAUGUGAACAAAUUGACUUCAGCUGGUUGCCGAGUCAAGAUUUGGAUUGCUGAUUGGUUUGCUCAGUUGAACAACAAAAUGGGUGGUGACUUGAAGAAAAUCAAAGUGGUUGGAGAAUACUUCCAAGAGAUUUGGAAGGCUGCUGGGAUGAACAAUGACAAAGUUGAGUUUUUGUGGUCGUCCGAUGAAAUUAAUGCCAGGGCAGACAAGUACUGGCCUCUUGUGAUGGACAUUGCUCGCAAAAACAAGCUCCCUAGAAUCUUAAGGUGUGUGCAGAUUAUGGGACGUAGUGAGACCGAUGAACUGAGUGCUGCCCAGAUCCUUUACCCAUGCAUGCAAUGUGCAGAUAUUUUCUUCCUCGAGGCUGAUAUUUGCCAGCUUGGGAUGGAUCAAAGAAAAGUAAACGUGCUAGCGAGAGAAUACUGUGAUGACAUAAAGAGGAAAAACAAACCAAUAAUCUUGUCGCACCAUAUGCUUCCUGGACUCCAACAAGGACAGGAAAAGAUGUCCAAAAGUGAUCCAUUAUCUGCCAUCUUUAUGGAAGAUGAGGAGGCUGAAGUUAAUGUGAAGAUCAAGAAAGCUUACUGUCCUCCGAAAAUUGUGCAAGGGAAUCCAUGCCUUGAAUACAUCAGAUACAUCGUUCUACCGUGGUUUGAUGAGUUCACAGUUGAGCGAAAUGAAGAGUAUGGUGGUAACAAGACAUUCAAAAACUUUGAAGAGAUUGCUGCUGAAUAUGAGAGCGGCGAAUUGCACCCUGGGGAUUUGAAGAAAGGCUUGAUGAACGCGUUGAAUAAGAUCUUGCAACCUGUUCGUGAUCAUUUCAAAACAGAUGAGCGCGCCAAGAAUCUGCUCAGACAGAUCAAGGCUUACAAAGUCACCAAAUAAAUUACAGACCAAGAAGCUUACGUGUGUCAUUCUUUCAGCAAAACAUAUCUCGAAUUUUAUGAAACUUGUAUGUGUACUUUUUAUUGGGUAUUAUUAUCAGAUACUUCUAGUUGCUCUCUCCAAUUUUGGAGGUCAAUAAACUGCAUACUUUUGAAAUUACGUAAA